CAUAUGGCUUUAGACUUAGGCUUUCCCUCGACGCCUUCCUAUCGAUCUCCCAGACUCCCCUCAUUCAAUUCUUCCUUCGCCAUCGCGUCCCGUUGAUCACCUUCAUGUAGCCGCUCAUCCGCCCCAAUGACACCCGGCGACUCCGCCCAACCGCUUCCUCCUCCUCCUCUCUCCCUCGAUCCCCUCCCCGCAACACCGAUCGGCCGCCAGGGUCCCGCCGCCUCCCCCUUCUCCCUGGGAUCCUCCCAAUCCCCCUCCCCCCUCUCCCUUAGCCGCUUUUCCCCCUCCCGGGGCUCCCCGGAUUCGCGGGACCGCUGGUGGAGGAAACCUCUCCCGCUCCUCGGGUCCAUUCUCGGCUCCGACGGUGGCGAUCGGCGGACGAGGAGGAAGAGGGCUGCUGUCGGCGGCGGCGUUGGCGGAUGGCAGCGGCGGAGGACGAGGGAGAUCGUGAUGUGGGGCGGCUUGGUUGUCUUCUUCUUCCUCAUGAAUUGGUGGAUGUUCUCCCGGCUCCAGGACACUCCCAUCCGAUUGCGUCGCGGGAAUGCAUCGGUCCGAUCUUUGCCCCGGUCGUCUAUUCUGAAGUGGGACAUUAAUGGAAAUAGUCGUAAGAAUACGGGAGUCAUGUUUUCCAGGUUGCUUGGUUUGGCUGCCCAUGCUCUGGCUGAGGCUGAUGGCAGUCCGGAGCCUCAGGAUGUAUGGAAGGAACCAAUAGAUCCUUCUACUUUAUGGAAGCAAUGUGCUUAUAAACGUAGCUGGGAACCAUGUGAUGGACAUAAUGGAUACAUUUUAGUCAGUGCAAAUGGAGGUAUUAACCAGCAACGAGUUGCUAUCUGCAAUGCCGUUGCUGUUGCUCGAUUACUUAAUGCUACUCUUGUGCUUCCUCGAUUUCUAUACAGCAGUGUUUGGAAAGAUAUAAGCCAGUUUGGCGAUAUAUACCAGGAGGAGCAUUUUAUCAAUUACUUAAAGGAUGAUAUUCCUAUUGUUAAGGAAUUGCCUGUUGAACUGCAGUCACUAGACUUGGAAGCAAUAGGUAGCAUUGUGACUGAUGCUGAAAUAAUGAAAGAAUCAAAACCAAGUAUUUACCUGAAAAACAUCCUUCCUAUCUUGCUCAAGAAUAGUGUGGUCCAUUUUAUUGGAUUUGGAAAUCGCUUGGCAUUUGAUCCUAUACCAUUUGAACUGCAGAGGCUUCGGUGCAGAUGCAACUUUCAUGCCCUUCAGUUUGUUGAAAAGAUACAGGAGACUGGUGCCUUGCUUAUACAAAGAAUGCAUCAUGGUGGAACACUUCCAAGAUCAUUGGAACAUAAUUUAGUAGGUUCUUUUGCAGAAAGACUUAGUAUAGAAGGGAAGAAUAAUACCCCGUCUAAAUAUUUGGCCAUGCACCUUCGGUUUGAAAUUGACAUGGCGGCAUACUCAAUGUGUUAUUUUGGAGGCGGCAAGGAUGAAGAAGAUGAAUUGGAAGCAUACAGGGCUGUCCAUUUCCCUGCACUAAUGCUUCUGAAAAAUACCACAAAGGUGCCUUCUGCUGCAUUCCUGCGAGCUGAAGGCCAAUGUCCGCUUACACCCGAAGAAGCAGUGCUUAUGCUUGCUGCUUUAGGUUUUAAGCGCAAAACAUUCAUAUAUGUUGCAGGCGCACAGAUUUAUGGAGGGAAGUAUAGAAUGGCAACUAUAAAUAAUCUAUAUCCACGCUUGGCAACCAAAGAAACCCUUUUAUCUCCAUCUGAAAUCGAACCAUUUCGCAACUUCUCUUCUCAGUUAGCAGCUCUUGACUUCAUUGUGUGCGCCGCAGCAGAUGCAUUUGCAAUGACAGAUUCUGGAAGCCAAUUGUCGGCGCUUGUUUCAGGUUACCGAAUGUACUAUGGAGACAGUAAUCUUCCUACAAUAAGACCUAACAAACGCAGGCUAGCUAGUAUAUUUCUAAAGAACUCCACCAUCGAGUGGAAGGAGUUCGAGGGGAGGGUGCGGAAGACGAUCAAACAGACCAAACAAGUUCAUGAAAGGCCAAUCGCAAGGAGUGUCUACAGACAUCCACGAUGUCCUGAGUGCAUGUGCAGGGUUGAGGGGGAUCUCCCUCUUGUGCUUCCUUGAAGAGUUUCAGUUGCUUCUGUGAGAUUAUUUUCACUCUUCCCAUGGAGGGUUGCAUGAUCUCUUAUUAUGCUUACCCUAGCAGGGAGAUCUUGAAAUAUUGUUAUAUGAAUUGCUAUCAAAGAUUAUCCAUACAUGAUUUGCGAUCCCAGAAGGGGAGUUAUAACAGCAGCUUCAAUGAUUGUUAA